UGUGUACUUUUAAUUUUGAUACUUUAAGUAAAUUUUGCUUAUAUGCAAACUUUUACUUAAGUAAAUGCAGGACUUUUAGUGGAGUAUUUUCAGUGUGGUAUUGAGAGGAUCUGAAUACUUCUAUCAGACAGAAAUUAUUAUUCCAAGCAGAGUCUUUUUAUAUGUUUUAAAACACGUCUGGACGGGAUCUUCGAUCAUUUUUUAAAACUUAAUUCAAGUCAAAGUCAGAUAUUAUCUCUAGCUUCACAGUGAAUGCGGGCAUGGCGCCAACAGCAGGACAGGGCUGGUGGUUUCAGAAAACAUUGUGUUAACUGGUGGCGGAUCAAGGUCCGAGCAAGGAGCUUCCAAUAACUGUAAACCACUCUACCAUAAAAGAGGAGUAAUUUCCUGUUGACUGUCAGUGUGGUUCUGCCCUGCAGUGCACAGGGGUCGAGCUGAAGAAAUUGUCUGAGCACUGACCCAGAAAACCAGCUCAACUUCAGGAAGGAGGGACUCGGUGACCCUGCAGCUCCACACAAUGAUCCCCAAGAUUGCGCUGUGCUCACGGUCUCUUCGGAACAACUGUGUUUUUUCCGGAUCUUUAAAAGUUUUGCAGAGACCAUGGACACAUCAUCCAGGAUUACCUGCAGCAAGUCGUGGCAUUCAUGUGGACACUCCACCCGUUACCCCAACUCUCACUACCAGCUAUGCUCACGGCACGUCUUCCACAUCUUUGCUCCACACUACAAUAGGAGAGACCCUGCAGAAGACUGUGGAGCGCUGGCCUGACAAAGAGGCCUUGGCCUUUCUAGAAGACGGAGUCCGCAAGACCUUUGCACAGUUUCAGCAGGAUGUGGAUCAAGCUGCAGCCGGGCUGCUGGCACUUGGACUGAAGAAAGGAGACAGGCUCGGCAUGUGGGGACCCAACACUUAUGAAUGGGUCCUGUUCCAGUUUGCCACUGCCAAAGCUGGCAUUAUUUUGGUGUCUGUGAACCCAGCGUACCAACUGCAGGAGGUGGAGUUUGCAUUGCAGAAGGUUGGGUGUAAAGCUCUGGUGUGCCCUACGCAGUUUAAGACUCAGAAGUACUGCGACAUGCUGAAAAAGAUAUGUCCAGAGAUCGAGUCGUCCACCCCAGGAGACAUCAAGAGUGCCAGACUCCCAGACCUCCGCUCUGUGAUUGUUUUGGAUAGUCGACAACCAGGAAUGCUUCAUUUUGAGGACGUGAUGCAGGCAGGCAGCAGCCAGUACAUGCAGCAGCUUCAGGAUCUGCAGAAGAAGCUCUUCUUUGACGAUCCGAUAAACAUCCUGUUCACUUCGGGCACAACUGGGGCUCCAAAGGGUGCCACCUUGUCUCAUCACAACAUCAUCAACAAUGCCUACUUUGUUGGCAAAAGAGUGGGAUAUACCUGGAAGCCUCACUCACGUGUCUGUCUGCCUGUGCCUCUGUACCACUGCUUUGGCUCUGUGGGAGGGGGGCUGUGCAUGGGCGUGCACGGCAUCUCCCUGGUCUUUCCCUCUACUGGGUACGAUGGAAAGGCCAACCUAGCAGCUAUGGAGAGUGAAAGGUGCACCUUCAUCUACGGCACCCCCACCAUGUAUGUUGAUAUGAUUAACCAGCCGGACUUAGCUAAAUAUGACUUGUCAUCAGUUGAGUCAGGCAUCAUGGCUGGCUCCCCUUGUCCUCCAGAGCUUGUGAAGAAGGUCAUUUCUGUAAUGGGCAUCAAGGGAAUAACAAUUGGAUACGGCACCACAGAGAACAGCCCUGUGACGUUCUGCGCCUACCCGACAGACAACCUGGAGAGGAAGUCUGAGACAGUCGGCUUCAUCAUGGACCACUUAGAGGCUAAAAUAGUGAACCCUACAACAGGAGACCUGCUCCCUCUGGGGAUGAUGGGGGAGAUCAUGAUCAGAGGCUACUGUGUGAUGUUGGGGUACUGGGGGGAUCCAGCCAAAACACAAGAGUGCAUCACUAAAGAAGGCUGGUACAAAACUGGAGACAUUGGCAGCAUGGAUGCGUACAGCUACUGCCGAAUCGAAGGCAGGAUUAAAGACAUGAUCAUCAGAGGGGGAGAGAACAUUUACCCGGCUGAGAUUGAACAGUUCCUGCACACACACCCCAAAGUCAAGGAGGCACAGGUGAUCGGAGUUGAGGAUUUCCGUAUGGGUGAAGAGGUCUGUGCCUGUAUCAAACUGGUAGACGGACAGGACUGCACUGCAGAAGAAAUCAAAGCUUACUGCAAGGGGCAGAUCUCUCACUUCAAGAUCCCUCGCCACGUACUUUUUGUCACCAGCUACCCGCUCACCAUUUCUGGAAAGAUCCAGAAGCACAAACUACGCAAGGAGGCGGAGAAGCAGCUGGGACUGGAGAAGGGGAAAUGAGAGGGCCAGCUCGUGUAUGGAGAGAAAUCAAUGACUGUACAGUAUAUCGUGUACCACAAAUACCAAUCGGGAUUACAUUACCCAGCCAUCACAACAGCUUAUGCUCUGAUGGCAAGGUAACAUCUGUCUGUUAUUAUUAUUUCUCGAGAAAUAAUAAUAGCAGACAGCCUGAGCCUUACAGUGUGUAGAUGUGUGAUGGCUGGGUAUGAAGCCACACGUUUGUGUUUAUCCUCCUGUAACCAACAGUUAAAGACGUAAGUAUAGUCAUAUUAUGUAUUUUUACGGUCAACAAAUCCUAUGAAAAGACCACAACCAACAAUGAAUCGAUCCUAACAGGUAUUGUGUGUGUAUAGAAAAACACAAAACACACACACACACACACACACACUGUAGUUUAUUUUAACUCAAUCCCAGAUAAGGUUGUUUUUAAGGUUGAUACAAUGCAAGUAUAAAAACAUGAUACUCGAUAUCUCUUUCGAUACCACGGCAAAAAGAAAAAAAAGUCCUAGGCAGCGUAGGCACACUUGUUUUAAUUAACAACCUGCACACAGUGCUGGGACAGAAAACGUCACUGAACACAUAUUGAGGACCAGUUGAUUUUCUUCCCCCGUUGUUUCAUCCGUGCAGCUUCGGGUUGAAAAUCAGAUUAUAAACUUCGGUACUUUUCGAUACUAUCAAAUGUAUAAUUAACGGAGAUUCUAUCGUUUUAAACACAUGGUAUCGAAAAGGUAUCGAUACUUUUGACAACUUUAGUCCCACAUAAACCGUCCUGCUGCCAGAAAUACUCACUAGAGCACCAAAUCUGUAUUAAUCCACUGUUGGAAAUAGUUCCCAACAAAAUGCACUAUUUCCUCCCGUUUGAGUAACAUUUGCUAAAAACUACAGUGCCCAGAUGUUUGAGUAAGUUACUGAGCCUUUUUAAAACAAAAUGAAACUGUGUAUUUGUGAGCUGUUUUUAAGAUUUACAUCUUCACUUGGCACCGGUGGGUUGGGGUUGAGAGUCACACACAAUGUAGGGAAGUAUUUAGAGACGUAUUUAGAACACAUUGUUGGUUUUGGUCUUUUCAUGGGAUUUGUUGAGAAAUAUAGCAAUAUAGAAAUAUAGCCUUAUCCUUUAAAAACCUACUGUGUAAUGAUAUAGGUUCAAUGCAAAAGAUACAGAAUGAUCCAUAAGUGAGUGGAUGUCUAGUUGAGCCACUGCACUCAAUUAAACAUACAGUAUACUGUCAAUUGAACCACACAGUUCUUAUUUUUUUAACCUGCAAAAAGCUUUACAUCAACUUGAAAUAAACUUUGUACCACGUUAUUAAAA